CGUCAGUCGUAGUUUCCAUGUCGGCUUCCUGUUGAACGAAGCCCUCCCGGAAUUGGAAUUUCAUAAAAUUCAAUUUCGUUAAAGAAUAUGGCGGCCAACCAGGCACUCGUGGCGAAACUGUAUCGUGGCGUGAUCGAAGAUGUUAUAAACGGAGUAAGAGAAGCUUUCCUAGAUGAAGGAAUUGAUGAAGCUGUACUUCUUGAGUUGAAGCAGAAUUGGGAAAACAAAUUGCAGUCGAGCAAAGCCAUUGACCCUGUGACCGAUCCUGCUGAAGCAUCCCUUCAGAACAAACUACAGCAAAGGUCUUCUUUGCCUACCAAAACAGGUCAGCAGACUAGUUCUGCAGCCAAUGCUACCAAUGCUACAUCCCAGCCUGCUGCAUCUUCUCAAGCCAAACAACCAGCAACCACCCCAACUCCUGCAACUACAACUGCUGCAGGAGGAGCAACAGCAGCAGUAGCUGCAACUGCAACUACACCAGCGGUGAGAAUGGUACCUGUACAAAUCACUGUUCCUCCUCAGCCAGGAGUAACAGGUCACACAGCAGCAAAAAGCAUCACUGUUCACGUUCCCGCUCACGCUCUUCAAGGUGGUGCGGCUGGAGCACAGCUGCAAACGAUCCUGAGUUCACCGGCUGUGACGGCGGCGCUAUCUCUACCGGUUGAAAUGGCCACGACAGUUUUGCAGCAACACAUCAAUAAUGCGCUGCAGACAACAGCUGGGCGCAGCCAAUCUAGGGCAGACAAUGGAGGAGUAACCCAGCUGGACGGACCGGGAGACUCUUCGGACGAUGAAGACGAUGUUGAUGAUGAUGAUGACGACGACGUCGAAGAAGAGGACGAUCAUGACGACGAGGAGAUUGAUGCGGACAAUGACGAAAACGCAGACGAGGAGCCACUGAACUCCGAAGAUGAUGUGACGGAUGACGACCCUUCCGUCCUGUUUGAAACUGACAAUGUUGUCGUUUGUCAGUACGAUAAGAUCACGAGGAGUCGAAACAGGUGGAAGUUUCACCUUAAGGACGGAAUUAUGAACAUUAACGGUCGUGAUUACGUCUUUCAAAAGGCUAACGGUGAUGCUGAAUGGUGAAAUAAUUUGGGAAUUGAAUUCCAACAAUGGAUGAUGGGGAAAAUAUGGUCAAAUAAAACAAACAAAAAUGGGAGGAUUUUCGCUUCAUAUUUAAGGGUUUUUCGUGUGCCUGUGCGUGUGUGCAUGAUGUUUCAGAUAAAAUUGAUUAUUUCAUCAUGUCGGGUGGUGGAUGAGCAUGGAGAAGAAGAGAUUUGUUUGGGACAGAGAAACAAAAACCGUUCAAGUCUGACCUUGCCGCUUUUUUUGUGUUUCGUUUUUUUAUUAUUAUUUUUUUUUUUUGCUGUUGAAGUUUUUCACCUGUCUUUUCUCCUAUUCCUACAGAAGCUGUUAUCGGCCCAUUUUUCAUUCAGGAAUAUUAGAAGAAAAAUAUAUGUUCAAUUUCCCACGAAA